GAAGAAUAAAUAAUAAUGGCAAGAACCAAGCAGACAGCCCGCAAAUCUACCGGAGGUAAGGCUCCGAGGAAGCAGCUCGCCACCAAGGCUGCGCGUAAAAGCGCACCAGCAACCGGUGGAGUGAAGAAGCCUCACCGUUACAGGCCUGGUACCGUAGCUCUGAGAGAGAUCCGUCGUUACCAGAAGUCCACUGAGCUGCUGAUCCGCAAGCUGCCUUUCCAGCGUCUGGUGAGAGAAAUUGCUCAGGACUUCAAGACUGAUCUGCGCUUCCAGAGCUCUGCAGUCAUGGCUCUUCAGGAGGCUAGCGAGGCUUAUCUGGUCGGUCUGUUCGAGGAUACUAACCUGUGCGCCAUCCACGCUAAGAGGGUCACCAUCAUGCCCAAAGACAUCCAGCUGGCUCGUCGUAUCCGUGGGGAGCGUGCUUAAAUUAACCCAAAUCAGGACCCGAUAACUCAAAAGGCUCUUUUAAGAGCCACCUAAACAUUCAGAAAAGCUAUUUUCCAAACUGCCUGCCGA